GAACAGAAGAAACUCGACAACGUGUUAUAGAGAUGAGAUUAAUUAAAGUGGGAGGAUCGGAGUACGUACAAGCAGACAGCUCAUCAAUUGUCGUCCUCGAGAGCCAGAUAUCUUAUCAUCCAUUGCACCUACCCAUUAUUUGCGUCUCUGUGCACUAUACCCCUCGCUCCCAUUGCCGAAGAGGACUAUAUAUACGCUACACACACACACACACGUACUCCAGUGCCAAUAUACAUACAUAAAGAAAGCAUUAAGGAUAUACUAUAAUAAUGUCUGCAGAAAACGUGUUCGGGAAAGCCAUCACGGUGCUCGAAUACCCGGACAGGGAAGCGAGAGCUGCGGCGGCGAACGCGGCGAUCGAGGCGGACGACAAGCACAAGCAGGUGAAGCAGUACGUGAACAAGCUGAAGAGCGCGUACGGCGACGGCAUCUCCGUCCUGGCCACCAUAUACAACGCCACCGGCGAGAACAUUUACUUCUCCGCCUCCAAGGACUGGUACGGCAAGCUCUACACCGACUCCUCCUACCCCAAAAUCCUCCAGAACGGCCAGUGGGGCGGCUUCCUGCACUGCAAGAACGACGCCGCCCCUAGCGGCACCGAAGCCGCCGUCGUCUUCCGCGCCAAAGCCAACGACUCCUCCGGCGGCAGGGCUGACGUCGUCAUUGCUUGGGAUGAUCCUUGGGCUCCCGGUUCCAGCAACAAGGCAUACACGGAAAUAGGGGAGAACGACAAAUACAACUCGGCGUGGGAUGAGGUCCGUUCCAAGCUGGCUUCGUCGGGGGCGUCCCAAAGCGGCUUCGGCUUCGGGCUCUACUCCACAGUUACCAUUCCACAGGAAAGCUCCCCGAUUCUUGAGGCUGUUCUCGCUCUUGAGUGAUCGAUUUGCCCGCCCGCCGGAACUCAUUUAAUUACUUUGCAUGGCGAUCAAAAUAAAUGCAUGGGCUCCAUCAUCAUUAAUCCUAGCUGGGAGGAAUAAUUGAUCUGAUGAUGAUCCAUCGCCCUUAAUAAAUCCAAAAUAAAAUGCUGCUUGUUUGUUUUUUUAAUUGUGUGAUGUGCUAUAUAGGCUACGGCCGAUCCACUUUGUUUGAUUAAUAAAAUGAAAUUUGCCUC